AUGUUGCAAAUCGGGUUCGUUUUUUUUUAUUUGACGAAUACAGUAGCUCACGUUACUUCAUUGUUUGUUUUGACUGCGGAAAAAGUUCUUCGCAGCAGUUCUUAGGCAGCAGCGGUGGCAGCAGUAGUAGACUCUUCGGUCUCCUGAUCAGUCGCCGUGCGCUGUGCGGGUUCGAGUCCCGUCCCAGGAGAAAUGUUUCUCUUGGCCAUGGAUGUUGUGAUUGUCCGUAGGUGGUAGACGGUCUCUGACUGUCGAACGCGGAGGUACCACCCGGCGGAUCUCGUAGGCGGGGCCAGAAUGUGUGCAUGGUGCAUACACACGUGUUCCCCCGCCAGAGUCCCUAUAGC